GCGGCCGCAGGAUGUUCUCUAAGAAGCCGCACGGGGACGUGAAGAAGUCCACCCAGAAGGUGCUGGACACCAAGAAGGACGCGCUGACCCGCCUCAAGCACCUGCGCAUCGUCAUCGAGAAUGCAGACUCUAUUGACCUUAAACAGUUCUUUGACCAGCAUUUUUCACAUAUAUACUAUGUGUUUUUUGAAAAUUUUGUGACUAUUGAAGCCAGUCUUAAACAGAAAGGUCACAAGUCUCAAAGAGAGGAAUUAGAUGCUAUACUUUUUAUUUUUGAGAAAAUUUUACAACUUCUUCCAGAAAGAAUUCAUCAGCGAUGGCAAUUCCAUAGUAUUGGGUUGAUUUUAAAGAAACUACUGCACACAGGAAACUCCUUAAAGAUCAGACGGGAAGGUGUUCGUCUCUUCUUGUUAUGGUUGCAAGCUCUUCAGGAUAACUGUAGCAAAGAGCAGCUCUGGAUGUUUUCAUGCUUGAUCCCUGGAUUUUCAGCACCACAAUCUGAAUAUGGACCUCGAACUUUAGAUAAUCUUAUUAAUCCUCCACUCAACCUUCAAGAAACUCAAGUAACUAUAGAGGAAGUCACCCCUCUUGUUCCCCCGCAGUCAGGAGACAAAGGACAAGAAGACCUCACAAGCUAUUUUCUUGAAGCACUUUUAAAAUACAUAGUAAUUCAGGUAAAAAGUUUAGAAUGGAAGAACAAAGAAAACCAAGAAAGGGGAUUUUCAUUUUUGUUUUCACAUUUUAAGAAGUUUUACUUGCCUUAUAUUUUCCCAAACCUCUGCAAGGAGAAUAGUUUGUAUCAUCCUGUACUUGAUAUCCCACAGGUCAGACCAAAGCCUCAUUAUGUGAUGGUAAAGAAGGAUGCUGAAACCAAUGAAACGAUAUACUGUACAAAAGAGCCUUUCAUCCAGGCUCGGGUCAUUGUCAUUCGUUGGCUGGUUUCUUUCUGGCUGGAGCCAAAACCGCAUUCAGGACCUAAUAUUCCUGGGAUGGAGGGUGAAGUCUUGCCAAAGAAUAUUCAGAGAGCAGCUGCUAGUUUGGUCUCCAGAGAAGAAAGCAAAAAUGAUACUGUUGAUAAAGCAGACAAAACCGCAGAGCCCGAGCAGUCGCAUUCCAAUACAAGCACUCUCACAGAGCGAGAGCCCAGCUCUUCCAGUCUCUGUAGCAUCGAUGAAGAACACCUCACGGACAUUGAAAUCGUUCGCAGGGUAUUUUCAUCUAAGAGAAGCAAUGUAAACUUUGUCACAGAGAUAUUUCGUCAGGCAUUUUUAUUACCAAUUUGUGAAGCAGCAGCUAUGAGAAAAGUGGUAAAAGUGUAUCAAGAGUGGAUUCAACAGGAGGGAAAACCUUUGUUUAUGCAAGAGCCUGAAGAAACUGUGAUCACUUCUUCAGAUAUACCUUGCAGUGAAAAUGUCACAGACCAUGACAUUUCAAUAGAAGACGGAGAGAAGAGAGAAGAGGAAAAUGGGACCAAUAUUUCUGAACAUGUUCGAAAUUCUACCUGGACAAAGAAUGGUUCCUACCAGGAAGCUUUUCAUGUCUCUGAAGAAGCCACAGAACAAAAUAUUCAAGCUGGUACUCAGGCUGUUUUACAGGUGUUCAUUAUAAACUCAUCAAACAUAUUUCUUCUUGAACCUGCAAAUGAAAUAAAAAAUCUUCUGGAUGAGCACACAGAUAUGUGUAAACGUAUUCUUAACAUAUAUCGAUACAUGGUUGUGCAAGUAUCAAUGGACAAAAAGACCUGGGAACAGAUGCUACUCGUGUUGCUCAGAGUCACGGAGUCUGUACUGAAGAUGUCGUCACAAGCUUUUCUGCAGUUCCAGGGGAAAAAAAACAUGACCCUGGCAGGUCGACUUGCAGGACCACUUUUCCAGACUCUCAUUGUUGCCUGGAUCAAAGCAAAUCUAAAUGUAUACAUUUCUCGAGAACUUUGGGAUGACUUACUUUCAGUAUUGUCAUCGUUGACCUAUUGGGAAGAAUUGGCCACUGAGUGGUCGCUGACCAUGGAGACACUAACUAAAGUUUUAGCUAGGAAUUUAUAUAGUUUGGAUCUCAGUGAUUUGCCAUUGGAUAAGCUCAGUGAACAGAAACAAAAAAAGCACAAAGGGAAAGGAGUUGGACAUGAAUUUCAGAAAGUUUCAGUUGACAAGUCAUUUUCUAGAGGAUGGAGUCGCGAUCAGCCUGGCCAGGCACCCAUGAGACAGAGAAGUGCAACGACUACUGGCUCCCCGGGAACUGAGAAGGCCAGGAGUAUAGUACGGCAAAAAACUGUUGAUAUUGAUGAUUCUCAAAUCCUUCCCCGCUCAACCAGAGUCAGACAUUUUUCACAGAGUGAAGACACUGGUAAUGAAGUUUUUGGUGCUUUGCAUGAGGAACAGCCACUGCCUCGAAGUAGCAGCACUUCUGACAUCUUGGAACCAUUCACUGUUGAGCGAGCCAAAGUAAAUAAAGAGGACACGAGCCCCAAACUGCCUCCUCUUAAUAGUGAGACUGGCGGCAGCAGCGCUAAUGUUCCUGACCUGAUGGAUGAGUUUAUCGCAGAGCGACUUCGAAGUGGCAAUGCCUCGACUAUGACAAGAAGGGGAAGUAGUCCAGGCAGCCUUGAAAUUCCGAAAGACCUUCCUGAUAUUCUAAACAAGCAGAAUCAGAUGCGCCCUGUUGAUGACCCUGGUGUGCCCUCAGAAUGGACGUCUCCUGCCAGUGCAGGGAGCAGUGAUCUCAUGAGCUCAGAUAGUCACUCGGAUUCCUUCAGUGCCUUCCAGUGUGAGGGCCGAAAAUUUGACAACUUUGGCUUCGGGACUGACAUUGGGAUCCCAUCUUCUGCUGAUGUGGAUUCAGGCUCUGGCCAUCAUCAAAGCACUGAGGAGCAGGAAGUGGCUAGCCUAACGACGCUUCAUUUAGACUCAGAGACAAGCAGCCUUAAUCAACAAGCAUUCUCUGCUGAAGUUGCAACUGUCACUGGUUCAGAAAGUGCUUCCCCUGUUCAUUCAGCUCUGGGGUCCAGGUCACAGACACCUUCCCCUUCUACGCUGAAUAUAGAUCACAUGGAACAGAAGGAUCUACAGCUUGAUGAGAAGCUCCACCACUCUGUUCUUCAGACGCCAGAUGACCUAGAAAUCAGUGAAUUUCCUUCUGAAUGUUGUAGUGUGAUGGCAGGAGGUACGCUCACUGGGUGGCAUGCUGAUGUUGCUACUGUUAUGUGGCGAAGAAUGCUUGGCAUUUUGGGAGAUGUCAAUGCUAUUAUGGAUCCUGAAAUACAUGCUCAAGUUUUUGAUUACCUCUGUGAACUUUGGCAGAAUCUAGCCAAGAUCAGAGAUAAUCUUGGCAUUUCAGCCGAUAACCUGACUUCACCUUCUCCACCUGUUUUGAUUCCUCCACUAAGAAUUCUUACACCUUGGCUUUUUAAGGCAACCAUGUUGACUGAUAAGUAUAAACAAGGUAAAUUACAUGCAUAUAAACUUAUUUGUAAUACAAUGAAGAGAAGACAAGAUGUAUCCCCAAAUAGAGAUUUUUUAACGCAUUUCUACAAUAUAAUGCAUUGUGGAUUGCUUCAUAUUGACCAGGACAUCGUCAAUACGAUCAUCAAGCACUGCUCACCUCAGUUUUUUUCACUUGGUUUGCCUGGGGCCACAAUGCUUAUUAUGGAUUUUAUUAUAGCGGCUGGGAGAGUGGCUUCUUCAGCUUUUCUUAAUGCACCAAGAGUGGAAGCACAGGUUCUUCUGGGAUCUUUGGUUUGCUUCCCCAACUUAUACUGUGAGCUGCCUGCUCUGCAUCCAAGCACGCCUGACAUCGCUGUGUCUCAGUUCACAGACGUCAAGGAACUUAUAAUUAAAACUGUCUUAAGCUCGGCAAGAGACGAACCCUCUGGCCCUGCACGAUGUGUAGCACUUUGCAGUUUAGGUAUAUGGAUUUGUGAAGAAUUAGUCCACGAAUCUCAUCAUCCUCAAAUUAAAGAAGCACUGAAUGUAAUUUGUGUUUCAUUAAAGUUUACUAAUAAAACAGUUGCCCAUGUAGCUUGUAACAUGCUUCACAUGCUGGUUCAUUAUGCACCUAGACUUCAGACUUACCAGCCUGACUCUCCCUUGAAAAUUAUUCAGAUCCUAAUAGCAACUAUCACACACCUUUUGCCAAGUACAGAAGCUUCAUCAUAUGAAAUGGACAAGAGGUUGGUUGUGUCAUUACUUCUUUGCCUUCUGGACUGGAUCAUGGCCUUACCUUUAAAGACACUACUCCAAUCAGUCCAUUCUACAGGAGCAGAAAAUGAGAAGACAGAAAAAUCUGUCCUCAACUGUAUUUAUAAGGUUUUACAUGGGUGUGUAUAUGGAGCACAAAGUUUUAGCCAUCCAAAGUACUUUCCAAUAAGCCUUUCUGAUUUGGCAUCUGUAGAUUAUGACCCUUUUAUGCAUUUGGAAAGUCUGAGAGAGCCUGAACCUCUACACUCUCCUGAUUCAGAACGGUCUUCUAAACUGCAGCCGGUGACAGAAGUGAAAACUCAGAUGCAACAAGGAUUAAUUUCUAUAGCAGCCCGUACUGUUAUUACCCAUCUGGUGAAUCACCUGGGCCAUUAUCCAAUGAGUGGUGGUCCUGCUAUGCUAACGAGUCAGGUGUGUGAGAAUCAUGACAAUCAUUAUAGCGAAAGUACUGAACUUUCUCCUGAGCUCUUUGACAGUCCAAAUAUUCAGUUCUUUGUGCUGAAUAAUACAACCUUAGUGUCUUGUAUCCAGAUAAGAUCAGAAGAGAGUGUGCCUGGAGGAGGUUUAGCUGCUGGCCUUGUGUCAGCCAACUCAAAUGUUAGAAUCAUAGUACGUGAUCUCUCUGGAAAGUACUCAUGGGAUUCUGCCAUACUGUAUGGGCCACCCAUUGUAAGUGGUUUGCCUGAACCUACAUCUUUCAUACUUUCAAUGUCUUACCAAGAGAAACCAGAAGAGCCUCCUACAUCUAAUGAAUGCUUAGAAGACAUAACAGUAAAAGAUGGACUUUCUCUCCAGCUUAGAAGAUUUAGAGAAACUGUUCCAACUUGGUCUACAAUAAGAGAGGAGGAAGAUGUUCUUGAUGAGCUCCUGCAGUAUUUAGGCACUACAAGUCCUGAAUGUUUACAGAGAACUGGAAUCUCCCUCAAUGUUCCUGCUCCACAACCUGUGUGCAUUUCUGAAAAACAGGAGAAUGAUGUCAUUAAUGCUAUCCUUAAGCAAUACACAGAAGAAAAAGAGUUUGUAGAAAAGCACUUUAAUGACUUAAACAUGAAAGCCUCAGAACAAGAUGAACCAACACCUCAGAAACCUCAGUCAGCAUUUUAUUACUGCAGAUUGCUUCUUAGUAUAUUGGGAAUGAAUUCCUGGGACAAACGGAGGAGCUUUCAUCUCCUGAAGAAAAAUGAAAAGCUGCUCAGAGAACUGAGGAACUUGGAUUCAAGGCAGUGCCGAGAAACACACAAGAUUGCAGUAUUUUACGUUGCUGAAGGACAAGAAGAUAAAUACUCCAUUCUCACCAAUAUAGGAGGAAGCCAAGCAUAUGAAGAUUUUGUUGCUGGCCUUGGUUGGGAGGUAAACCUUACAAAUCACUGUGGCUUCAUGGGAGGACUGCAGAAGAACAAAAGCACUGGACUGACCACUCCAUAUUUUGCUACCUCUACAGUAGAAGUAAUAUUUCAUGUAUCUACAAGAAUGCCUUCUGAAUCUGAUGACUCUCUGACCAAAAAAUUGAGACAUCUAGGAAAUGAUGAAGUACACAUUGUUUGGUCUGAACAUACUAGAGACUACAGGAGAGGAAUUAUUCCUACAGAGUUUGGUGAUGUCCUCAUUGUAAUAUAUCCAAUGAAAAACCACAUGUUCAGUAUCCAGAUCAUGAAAAAGCCAGAGGUUCCCUUCUUUGGUCCCCUUUUUGAUGGUGCUAUUGUGAAUGGAAAAGUUCUGCCCAUUAUGGUUCGAUCCACAGCAAUAAAUGCUAGCCGUGCUCUGAAAUCACUGAUUCCAUUGUAUCAAAACUUCUACGAGGAGAGAGCACGGUACCUGCAGACAAUUGUCCAGCACCACUUAGAGCCAACGACAUUUGAAGACUUUGCAGCCCAGGUUUUCUCUCCAGCUCCCUACCAUCAUUUCCCUGCUGAUGCAGAUCAUUAAGUGUCAGUUCUGUUUAUCUGAAGGAUCCUACCCAGAGAUCGCACCCAGUGACGCUCCCACAGCAGCACAGGUAGAUGGGGCUGACCUGGCCUCUCCCAUGUCUCCUCGAACUAGCAAAAGCCGCAUGUCCAUGAAGCUGCGUCGGUCCUCUGGCUCAGCCAAUAAAUCCUAAGGAGACAGGCAGCCUGGCAGCUCAGCAGCAGUGUUAACUCUUCCAGGCCUUGUGUUCGCCAUGCUCCUUCCUGUGCAUUUAUUUGAGAAAACACUGGACUUAAAAUAAUUUUCAACUUACUAUUUUAAAUUUGGACUACUUAUUUAAUUCAGUUUUUUUCCACACUGCAAGCUGCCGUAUUUUGAGGGUUGAGUUUUAUUCCAUACUUCACGUUCCUAGAUAAUCAUGUCUAAGUAGUGUUACCUUCAAGUUCAUGAUGAAUGUUGAGCCAAAAUAUGAUUGGACAGAUAGUCUCGUGUUAUUUAUUGUGCCUCAUUACAACUUUAUGAUUCAAUAAACACAUAGUUUGUACUAUUUUUUUGGCGGUGCUGGGGAUGGAAGCCAGCACCCAAGCAUGCUAGGCAAGCACACUGUGCUUCACAGCCCAGCCCUACAAACUCAAAGUAACGGAAGCAUCCAUGACACAGAGCAGAGCUGCACAUCUGCUUGUUACGUCGACUGCACGCAGACUGUGUUACAACAGACACACUCUUAACGACCAUGCAGCAGCUCAGAGUCCAACUGAAAUUACACUGGGUGACAUUUUCUUCCCAAGUCAUGAUGACAUAACAUACUCAAUAACCAGGAAAAUCACCACUGAACUUUGAUUUCUGUUUGGCUUCCAAACAACUUUGUUCUGCUUUUUUAGGUGGCAUCACUGUUAAAUGCUAUUUCUGUUUUAAGGCUGUGGUCCUUUAUUAUUGACCAGUUUAUCCUGGUAUGUCUGUGUACUUUCUUAAGUACCAAAAAAGAAGGUGAUGGAGAAAAGGGUGUAAAACUUUUUUUUUUGCUCAAAUUAUGUGUAUUGUUAAAAAGCAAUGGGAACAUGACCCGCAAGUCUAAGUUAAAUAUAAUAUUUUAGUACUAAAAUGGCUGCAGGUGCAAGUUGGUAUGCACCCCCUACCCCCAGAAGUAUUUCCUGUAGAAAAUAAGCGGCCUCCUUUGUUUAACAUGGGCAUCUCCUAAGGAAAUGUAGCAUGAUUGAUACCAACUGCAUGUGUAAAUAUGUCAUCCUGACAAACCACAGAGUAUAAAUUAUGUAUCAUUCAUGUAGUGUCUACAGAUUUGUAAUGGGACAAAAAGAUGACAUGGUAUUUAAUAAAACAAAAAUAUUCUUCACACUUC